AUGGACAUUAUGAGAAAUCUGGAGAUGACUCAGAAUGGAUUCCAAGCGAUGGUCGUUUGUAUGCUAUAUCCUUUAAGACAUCAUCAUUGGAUAAUAGUUCCAGUAACGGAGCAACAAUCAAGAGGUGAGAAAGAAAGUUCAUAUGGUGGGAACUAUAGUGAGCUUGCGAGUGGAUUACCCGAAGUUGAAGUUAAUCCGGGUGCAGUCACUCUAUUUACUCACAUUGAAGAAGCAGAAAGAUAUCUAGCGGGUGGUGAACGGGUGGAUAAUGUUGUUAAUGGAGAAGGCGACGAAGGGGGCAUUGGUUUGGAUAACAUGGACAUCGUGGAGAAUGAGGGCGACAAAGGGGGCAUUGGUUUGGAUAACAUGGACAGCGUGGAGAAUGAGGGCGACGUGGAUAACUCUAUGGGUGUUCGUCCAAUUAGCGACUAUAUUGAGCUGCCACGUGUUGCAAAAGAAAUUCCAGUGGUUAAAGAGAGGGAAGAUGGUUUGGGUUUUCAGUUGUUGCAAGAAUUUCCGAGUAAAGAAGCUGUCAAAGAUAUUAUUGAUAGAGCAUCACCGCAGAACUGUUUUGGAAUCAAUAUCGCCAACUCAGAUAAGAGUCGAUAUGUGGUGAAAUGUCGGGGAGCAGCUGAGGGUUGUAAAUGGGUUGUGAGAGCUACAAAGAUAAAGAAUUCUGAAGCGUUCUCGAUUAGAACAUACACAGGGAUGCAUUCAUGCUCUCAUGCAACGUCAUUUACUGGAACGAAAAGAAAACCUACACCAAGAUGUGUUGCAGCUAUAGUGCAUACGAAUUAUCCCGGACUAUAUGAGACACCAACUGCGAAAACCCUGGUCGGUCUGGUGCAAAGGACAUUAGGUGUGGACGUGUCGUAUGCAACAUGUUGGAGAGGGAAACAACAAGCUGUUGCGGAUUUGCGUGGUAGUCCCGAGGAAGGAUACAAAAGAUUGCUUUCUUAUUUGUAUAUGUUAGAGAAGGUGAACCCAAAUACAAAAACAAGUUUGUUAUUGGAUGAAAACAAAAGGUUCAAAUACCUAUUUGUUGCGUUGGGAGCUUCUAUUCAAGGGUUUGAAUACAUGAGGAAAUUCAUCACUGUGGAUGCAACUUUUCUGAAGACUGUUGAAGAUGGUGUUUUAAUUAUUGCCACGGCUCAGGAUCCAAACCGUCACCAUUAUCCUAUAGCUUUUAGUGUCGUUGAUGGGGAGAAAAAUGCAAGCUGGAAUUGGUUUUUCACAACGCUGAAAACUGUUAUACCGGAUUCGACGGAAUUGGUGUUCGUUUCAGACAGAAAUACAAGUCUCAUUAAAGCCGUUGCUGAAGUGUAUCCGAUGUCUAAACAUGGGUAUUGUAUAUGGCAUAUAUCGCACAAUGUGAAAGGUCAUGUCAGAUACGGUAGGGACGAGGUUGCAGAACAAUUCAGGAAAGUUGCACAAGUUUAUUCAGAGGCUGGGUUUGAACAACAGUAUCAAGAGUUUAGGGAGAGGUAUCCAUUGUGUGCUAUGUAUCUUGAUAAAACUGUCGAUGUCAAAAAAUGGGCGAAGUGUCAUUUCCCCGGUGCAAGGUACAACAUAGACACUUCUAAUUGUGCGGAGUCUUUGAAUGCUCUAUUUGAAAAGGCACGAAAGAUGUCUUUACUGCCUAUGCUUGAUACAGUUAUUGAUAAAAUGGCUGAGUGGUUCAACAGACAUAGGAAGGAUGCAGCAGCCGGACCGUCGUCUCGAAAAUUGGUUCCUUUAGUGGAGAACAAAAUGCAUAAGAGAACACCGAAAGGUGAAAAACUACAAGUGACUUCGCUGAACACUUUUAAGCUUGAAUACAGUGUUAUUGGAAAAGACGGGAAAACUUAUUUGGUGGAUUUGCAGAAUAAAACGUGA